UGCAAUCGUCAAAUCAGCUGUUUCAGGUGCUCAACUGCCAGAAAACGCGUAAAAAAACUUUCUAUGGAAUUAAAGCUACCGCCUUGUGUGUUUUUAUAAUGGUUCAGCAGUGCCACCGAGUACUAAUACUCGCUAGUGUGGGCACGAUCAUCAUUUAUUUGGCACUGCCAUUCCGCUUUGCUUCUCACUAUCCUUAUAUCAAUGGGGAUAGAAUUGAGGACUCUCUGAUAGCACAAGUUACGGCAAAUGUAUCCCUGCAACAAUCAUUCGACUGCAUCUACAAGGACAUCAUUGAAAACAAUCGAUUUGUCUAUGACAAUCCAUUGUACCACGAGGGCAUCCUUCGUGGAGAAGAAAUCCGGCCAGGCGGAGAGUAUCAGCCCGAGCAAUGCAGGGCCAAAUACAGUACCGCGAUUAUAGUGCCUUAUCGCCAGCGCGAGAAGCAGUUACAUGCUUUCCUAACCUACAUGCACAACUAUUUACGGCAACAAUUGAUCCAUUAUCGCAUAUUUCUCGUUGAACAAUCGGAUCAGAAACCAUUUAAUCGUGCCACUUUGUUUAAUAUUGGAGCAAAGAUUGCAGCCGAAUAUGGAUUUCCGUGCUUGGUUUUACACGAUGUCGAUCUCUUUCCAUUGAACUCAGGACAAAUGUAUGCAUGUUUGGAAAAGCCCCGCCACAUGUGCUCCGCCCUGGAUCACUGGCGUUUUAAUUUGCCAUAUCGAGGUCUCUUCGGAGGAGUUGUGGCCAUUAACACAUUUCAGUUUCAGCUAAUCAAUGGCAUGUCUAAUCUUUAUCAUGGCUGGGGUGGCGAGGACGACGAUCUGUAUGAGCGGCUGCGUGCCAUGGGCAUUAGUAUUUGUCGCCUUGCUCCCGAGUACAGUGAAUAUACAAUGUUAAAGCACAAGCCGGAACAUCCCAAUGAGAAUCGGAGGGCACUGCUGCGAGCUGCCACUCUCCGCCAGCAAACAGAUGGACUUAAUUCGCUAGUCUACAAGGAGGUGGAGCGCCGUAUGCACAGUCUCUUUACCCACAUCAUGGUGGAGACGUAAUCACAUACUCGUAUUAGUCACCUUUAAUGACGCAUUUCGCUGUAUUAACUAGCUAGUCAAAUAGCUUGUUGGAAUUCCAAAUACCCUGCCAUAGAAGAGACAAUGUUAAAUUGCCUAACAAUUAGACAUUAAAAUAGCUUUACAAUAAUUUACCUCGAUUAAAAUGUGAUUCUUAAAACAAUAUCAAGUAAGUUCAGGUAAUGUCCAAAAUAAAAUAGUCGCAGUAAAUUAUCUAAA